GCCUAUUUGUUGCCAUUGGACAGAAAAGGGAGAUGGAAUCUCACUGAUUGGUCAGAAAAUUAGCGGAAGUAGUGUUGUGGGGUUUUUUUUGCCUAAAGUGUUGGUUUGGCGCAUGCGCGAGAAAGAAUCACACAGAAUUUGGCUGAGAUGGUUGAAAUUGGUGAUGGAGGUAAAAGCAUCAAGUCCAGUUCCUAUGAAAGGAUCGUUCUCAAGAACACUUCUGAAUAUCAUUAUCUGAAGAUCCGCCUGGAGUUAGACGACACCAAUAUUAGCCUGAAUGCUGUCGAGUACAAGCAACUCAUCAUCUCCGCUCUGAAACGAUUACAUGGUGAGGUUGGAGCAGCUUUGCCUUUUGAUGUAUUGACAUAUGAAGAACAAAACUUGUCUGCAAUACUUAGAGUCCCGAAUAGUGGCCUGGUAAAACUGUGGAGUGCUCUGACAUUGCUUGGUUCCUAUCAGAACAGAGAUUGUGCUUUCAGGGUCAUACAGACUUCUCCAUUUCUUCUUGCAUUAGCUGGAAACAGCAGAGAGCUGGUGCUGGAUUAAAUACUCAGAAAGAGCAAGUGACUGGAGCCUCUGAAGUACCAGAGCUCUCCAUGAUGCUGGUGUUGUUGCCCAGAUGCAAGACUUUGUAUUCAAAUCUCCAGGGAUUGUUUCUCACAAAGCCAGAAGCCAUCACUGCAUUCUUCAUUCAUCCCUAUGUGAAACAUUUAUGUCUACAAGUUGGGAACAGGGCUAAACUUACUAAGAGGUUUACGCAGAAGGAUAUUGCCACUUUUUCUGACCUAACAGGGGACACAAACCCAUUACACCUGGAUGAAGAAUAUGCAAGGAAAACCAGAUUCGGUAGAACCAUUGUGCAUGGGGUUUUAAUCAAUGGGCUCAUUUCUGCUGUUCUGGGGACUAAAAUGCCUGGGCCUGGCUGCAUUUUUCUUUCACAGGAGAUUAAAUUUCCAAACCCCUUAUAUGUCGGAGAGGAGGUUUUGGCCUCAGCAGAAGUAGCAAAACUGAAG